AUGUCUGUCAACACCGGAGCCGUUAAGAAGAAAACGGCUGUCAGAAACGACGGCGCCGAAAUAGAGACGGGCUCCUCAAACCAAGUCGCCCACACAUUGACGGCCUGUACUCGCUGUCGACAGCGCAAAACACGAUGCGAUCCAGGCCUACCCCGCUGCACCCCAUGCGAACGAACAAACUCGAUAUGCGAAUACUACGACUCGAAUCGAGGGCACAACGUCAAUCGCAACUACGUCGUGUGGCUCCAACACAAAGUCCGCGAACUCGAAGAUGAGCUGGACAAGGUGGAGAAUGAAGACGCCGCGGACGAUCCAGAAGCCAUGAUGCGCGCGGCGACGGUGCGAGUGCACGAAGCCAAAGAGUCGAAAUACCUUGGCCCCUCGAGUGGCAUCGCAAUCACCAGACUGGUGAUGCAGCUGGCCAAGCAAUUCACAGACGCGAAGAGCAUACUGGAUAUCGUGCCAGAGCAAAGAGCGCGGGACAUCAAGGAUCUCUACGCCCAAGAGCAAGCGAAGCCGACUUCGAAAGUAUACCCGUUGAUCAGCGAUGUUGCUGCGGUCGAACUGCCCAACAGAGCACUCGCAGACCUGUUGAUCCAGCUCUACAAGCUCAAAGUCCAGCCGCAAUACCCAGCGCUGCAUGAGCCGACAUUCGACAAGGACAUUAACAUGGUCUAUGCGAAUCACGAUCAGGCCAGCCCGUAUCAGCAUUUCGUCUGCCGAAUGGUCAUUGCAAUCAGCCUGCAGAAGAUGGACACCCAGUACGCUGGACUUGCAGACAGCUACUAUCUCGCAGCGCUCAAAUAUCUGGAAACUGUUGUACGCCCUAUGGAUUUGAAGACACUCCAAUGCUUUGCGCUCAUGGCAGAGUAUUCGCUCCUCACGCCCACGCGAACGGCCAUCUACUAUGUUGUGGGGAUUGCUGUUCGAUUGGUGCAAUCUCUCGGCCUUAACGAGGAGAAGACCAUCACCCGCGGGCGAGCUGAUGGCACGAUCAACUAUCUCGAAGUUGACAUGCGGCGAAGACUAUUUUGGUGUAUCAUGGUCAUGGAAUGGGGAUUGGCGCAUUCGAUCGGCCGGCCGUCGAUGCUCGCAACCUCUCAAGAGCAUGUCGAUGUGGGCUGGUUUGAGACGUGCGAUGAUCAGUACAUCACCGAACAGGGGGUGGAUCCUGCUGCUCCACGACCGACGCUCAAGAAAUGGGUGGCCAUCCAUUUCUUCAAAAUGCGGCUAUUACAGCUGGAGAUCCGUCGGAAGCUGUAUCAACGGAAAAGAACCGAGCCCAAGGACGAUCGUGACCCAUGGUUUGUGCAAAUGGACGCAAAGCUCGCAGCAUGGAGAGAUGCAUCACCGUCACAAGACGAGGGUCAUGGCCUUAACAAGAUUUGGUUCAUCGGCAGGUACAACACGAUGGUUGUGUUUCUCUAUCGACCAUCGCCCCAAGUCCCUCGACCAUCUCUGGAAGCAGCCUUCAAGUGCUACGACGCAUGUCAGUACAACAUCUUCCUGCAACGAGAACAGAUCACAAAACGAACAGUGGACUUGACCUGGAUCUUCACGCAAUCAAUAUUCAUGGCCAUCAACACGAUGCUCUGGAGUCUGAGUUACGUCGAGGUCAGACGAAAACACAAGCGCGACGAAGUGGAGAAGCAUUUGGAAGUUGCUAUGGAAGCUAUACAGAUGGCUUCUGAUCGGUGGCCCGGAGUUGCUUCGGCAGUGCAACUAUAUCUAAACCUCAUCACAGCCAUCAUGAAGAUCUACGAGAAAGAUGACGACGUACCCAUUUCAGCGGCCACACCAUCAGAUGCAGCCGCCUCGCCUGGAUCCACAUUCCCGGAUGUCAACGGCCGUUCUCGAGCGACCAGUCCUGCGACGGUUAGUAGCCAGUCCGUAGCCACACCGCCCGAGAGACAGUUCGGAUACAUUGACCAGCACUCACAACGACGAAGCGUGGAGGAGCCCCCGCCCGUACCUUACAGAAGCGACUCCAGCUUGCCAAAUGUCACGACGCCUCCUGCUCGGCAAACGCCUUCUGUGCAACACAACGUCCCACACCACGGGAGCUCCGACUCGAUACCCACCAUGCAGAACCAGUUCCAGCAGCAGCAAUAUCCAUUCCCCAAUGCACAGUUCAACGCCCUGCCCCAGUUUACUCCGGAUCUGACUGUGCCCGGAUGGACCGCACCACAACAGGCGCCUGUUGCAUUCGCGCACGCAAAUGCCUCAGCGCUGCCAAUGCAACAGCCCAUGGACCCCUACGGCAAUCAAGCUUUCGAUCCGAACCAUGCUGCAUAUCCGUUCCCAGGUGGAUACGAGGAGAACCAGCAGUACGUUCCUCAGUACUGGGACAUGGAUUCUGGAUCGUUCGGCAACGGAUUGAAUCAGAUGCAGCAAGAGGAGCUGAUGCACAGCUUGGAGACAGACGGCAUGGAGGACAUUCAAAGUAUGAUCACGCACACCUUGGCGGCCAUCACGCCCAAAACUGCACAGAAGCCGGCAUUCUAA